CACUGCAAACGGGGGAAUGGGCUCAUCAAGGUGAACGGACGUCCCCUGGAGAUGAUCGAGCCGCGCACGCUGCAGUACAAGUUACUGGAGCCUGUUCUGCUGCUGGGCAAGGAGCGAUUCGCGGGUGUGGAUAUCCGGGUCCGUGUGAAGGGUGGUGGUCAUGUGGCCCAAAUUUAUGCUAUCCGACAGUCCAUCUCCAAAGCCCUGGUGGCCUAUUACCAAAAGUAUGUGGAUGAGGCCUCUAAGAAGGAGAUCAAAGAUAUCCUCAUCCAGUAUGAUCGGACCCUGCUUGUAGCUGAUCCUCGGCGCUGUGAAUCCAAAAAGUUCAGAGGUCCUGGUGCCCGUGCUCGAUACCAGAAAUCCUACCGAUAAGCCCAACUCAAGGAUCAGGGUUUACCUUUGUAAUAAACAUCCUAGGGUUUUAAUGUUAA